AUGGUGGCUAAAAUCUUUACUCAACUGGGUGCUAGUGACUCGGUAUUUACAACCGCCCAAGUAGGAAGAAAUCCCAUAUCGCAGUGCCAGUAUAGAGGGUCCACACUCUCCGUCAACGGAGAACUUCAGCAGCAGGCAGCCGCAGCAGCACGUGCCCGGCAGCCAUCCGUAGGUAUAGAUACAGACAUGGUUAGUGAGUUUGAUCCGAGCAGCUCGGAUUCCGGUGUAGUGUCACGUUGUGCCGUAGUGAAACCUUUAAAACUCCGAUUGUGUAGACCAAUCUUCGGUCGGCGGACUGCGAAAAGCCGCCGUAGUGAAGAAAGUAAACCGGCAAAAAGUACAAAAAGUGUUGAACAGGUGGUGCCGCGAGUGCAAAAACCCCGUGAUCCGGAGCGCGAAAAGCGACGAAUAGCGAGAAAGAAGGAGAAACGGGCGACACUAAUUUUAGGUCUUAUAAUGGGUUCAUUUAUUGCGUGUUGGCUCCCAUUUUUCUUUAUGUACAUUUUACGAUUAGCGUACGAUAUUCCGGGUAUAGCCUUUGCGACCGCUUUUUGGUUAGGCUAUAUGAAUUCGGCUCUUAAUCCUGUAAUUUACACGAUAUUCAAUAAGGAUUUCCGAAGGGCGUUUAGACGUAUACUGUUUAAGUGAUGUUUAGCCUACGUGUGCUGCUACGAGUGCGUGAGCAGGCGCAUACGCACCGCGCAGUACCGAAGUGCACCCAGCGCUCUCUAUCGGAACUGAUUUUCGACAAUCGUCAUCUCACCUUCACGUGUACAAUACUAUCGCAAUAUCAUUAAUACUGCGUUGUUACAUUAUCUUUCAUAAGACGUCCGUGACGUCCUGCGUUUGCGAACUGUUGGAAAGCAGUUCGUCGAAAGCGCUUUUACCAGUAGCUAUGUAAUAUAUUAUAAUAUAAAGAAUACUUUUACUGUAAUAAUAAAUAUGGAGCAAUGACUACCACUGUGAUAACAUAACGCUUUCAUUCUGGAAUUUAUCUUAAAUAAUUUUAUCUAAAAAACAACAGAUCCUAUUGUACGUGUUUUAAAAGUCAUCAAUGUUUAGACGUUUCUUUUCUUCUAAAUUAUAUAGGUACCUAAAAGUUAUGUAAAUGACAUUAUUAUUAUUAUGAUUAUUAUAUCUAAGUGUUGGUGCGAAUGCGAGUACAUACAAGAAAAAUGCGUUAUUAUAUUAUAAUAGUUUAGACACCAAUUUAUCAUAUAAAUUUCUAACGGCGUAAAGCGCCAAACUAUUGUACGCCCUCCGGUAGACCAUCGCAAGUUAUUGACAUUGCCUUGGCGAGGUCUCCAGCGGCAGUCUUCCAUGAGCCCGCGGGGAUUGCCCCCGACUCCUGACAAACUUUUGCAACGAAACUAUGGUGCUAUUGACUGUUCGCCGGCCGACGUCCGGGGUUCCACUCCAGAAUCCCAGCCGGCGGCUACGUGGCGCCCCGCGUGGUGAAUUCGAGAGCCGCCCUGAGCCCGCGGCUCACGAAUUCAAAAGCUCUGUAUAUCUUGUUACAUCUUUAGACUAUAAUUACCUUAUUGUUACAUGAAAACAAAAUAUACCUAUUACUGUACUGUAUUUGUGUGUAUGUACGUUUUUUCGUGAAUACUAAUAUAAUUAUAUAAUAGGUAUAAAUAAAUGA